UUUUUUUAAAAAAUAAAAUUGGAAUACACGUUCUCGCAAAUCCCGCACCUCCACUCUCCCAGUCUCCCUCAUCUGCAGGUUGGUUCCUUAACGUGAGAAACCCCUAAAUCUCCAUUUCUUUUUCCAAACAAGUCUUGUAUCGAACAUGAAUCACAUCUAAAACCAGCAGCAAAACACAUAGAUUCAGAGGGGAAAGGGGAGGCGAACAGCAGCGAUGAACGUGGCGGCGCGUGAGAGGAGCAGCAGCGAUGAACGUGGCGGCGCGUGAGAGGAAAAGCAGUGGUGGAUCGGAACCUCGCGAGGGAGAACGGUGGGUCGUAGCGGGGCGAGAGGACGCGGCGCAACAGAUCCAACGACGUGCGUGGCGGUGGCUAUCAGAGGAGCAUGGUGGAGGCGAUUUAGAAGGAAGGAAGGAGGAAGGGAGGUGGUGGUGAUCACGAAGGAGAAGGAGGUGGUGAUGGUGGUGCAGCCAUGGGAGAGAAAGGGAGUGGCCACUGGUUCCUCCUCCUCCAACGGCCCCAACCCUAACGCAGUAGCAGAGGAGUUAAGACCAGCUUGCUGGAAAAGGAACCGGUUGAUUUUUGGCCUCUUAUUCUUGAUUUCCCUCAUAUAUGUUACCUCUGAUUCACAAUUUCUCUCUCCAGGAAGCUCCUCACCGAAGCCACAAUGUCUACUACCUCACGCAGGCUUCUCCCAAUCCAAUUCUACUACCUAUUUGCACUGCAAUAUAUCCCCCCCUGAGAAAGACACUUUCCAGUUCUGCAGCAAGCAGCUCCAACAGAUUUUUUGGAUCCAAGACAGCGCCCCCAAUAAUAAAGAUCCCAUGAUCAGCAAUCUAAUGUGGAUGCCCUUACGAGUUAGCAACAAGCAACUUUCGGCGAAAUGUAGACAGAAUGGAGUAUAAUGAUAUAGAAGUUUCAUUUUCUUCCUCAGCACCUUAUGCUUCAGAGUCAAAAAUUCUGGAUUGAGAUUUUAGUUGCAUAAAGUGUUAGUGCUGAAUUAGCAAAUUGUUGAAAUGGAUAAUCAACUCACAAGUGAUAAAACGUAUGAGAAAUUCACAUGGACGAUCAAGAAUUUCUCUAAAUUGAAAACAAAGAAGCUGUACUCUGAGAAUUUCGUCAUCGGUGGCCAUCCAUGGCGGAUUCUUAUCUUUCCAAAGGGCAACAAUACUAGCUACUUGUCAAUUUAUUUGGAUGCUGGAGGGGAUCUAUCUAAUUUGCCAAAUGACUGGAGCAGAGUUGAAAAGUUCAAGCUGAGCCUUAUUAAUCAAGUUAAUGGCAAAAUGACAAUAACUAAAGAAUAUGAACACCAGUUCAAUGCAAGAGAGUCUGAUUGGGGUAGCACGAUGUUCAUAACUUUACUUGAACUUUAUGACCCUAGUAAUGGCUUUAUCGUGAAUGAUACUUGCAUUUUUGAAGCUGAGAUAGCUGUCACAAAGCCGAAACAUGUGAAUCAGCUCGCAGAUCAAGUAGUUAAUACCCCUAAGGUUAGUUCGGAUCAGCCUAUUGGGAAUGUUUCUAAUCCUUUACCUGAGGAAUUCUCUGUUGCAUCACAUGGUGAGCUUGUGGAUUUCAAGAGUUUUGGGAAAAUAGAAACAACUUUUGUUCCACUCUUGGAGGAGGUGUGUUCAUUGCAUCCCUCACUAAUUGACUGCCAACGGAAGAGAAGUCGCAAGUUCACAGAAUGGGCCUUUACAGCUUUGGGUCGAGUUUUACAUUUUCUUAAGACUAGAAAGAUGAAAGAUAUGAAUGAGGAUGCUUGUAGUCAUCUCCAGUUUCUAUGGGAGGAACUUGAGACAUGCAAAUUUGAUUUGACUUGGCUACAACCUCAUAUUCAAUCUACAUUGAGUAAGAAAAGUUCUAUAGAGAAAGCUUUGAAACUGAAAACGAUGAAGGAGAAUGUGGAUACUCUAGACAUGGAAAUCAAAUUGCUGGUGGAGAAGCUAAUUUCCGCAAAGGUAGAUGUUGAAAUAACAAAAAGAGAUUUGGCAAAAGAAGGCUUUGAAGAGAAGGAUUUGGAUGUUGAACUAGGAUAUGGAGUACGUUAGACUCAUCACUCGUGUCAUUCAAAAUUUCACUGUUGGUAAUAUGUGUAUAUAAAUUGUGCUUCUGUGAAUAAAUAAAUGAUUGUGGGAGUAGAUGUUGAAUGAAA